AGACAGAACAUGAGCAAGAGGGUAAAUGAGGUGAAGGAGUUACAACAUCAAGCCUUACAGACCUCGCCUGGCUUACAUAGAGAGAGGCGUAAGUUCCUACGUACAGCCCUUAGAGAGUUGACCUUAAUAUACACUGACCAGCCAGGCCUGCUAGGACCCAAGGCUCUGUAUGUGCUUCAAGCACUGUCAAUGGCACAGAAUGAGGUACACUGGCUGCUGCGUCACUAUCAGAACCCGCCUGGUCGACGACACAAUGUGAAAAUGAACCAAGAGGAUUUUCUUGACAGACAAAUUCCAGAGCUGCUGUUUCACAUCGAAGAGCUAAAAAUUCUUGUAAAGAAGUAUCAUCAGGUGAUGCAGAGAUAUUAUGUACAAUAUCUGUCAGGAUAUGAUGCUGUUCUACUUAAUCAACUCAUACAGAAUCUUAACAUGUGUCCUGAAGAUGAGUCAGUGAUCUUGUCUUCCAUCUCCACAUCGAUAUCUGCUCUUACAGUCAAACAAGUUGAAGAGAAUGAAAUGUUUGACUUCAGAGGUCUGAGAUUAGACUGGUUUAGACUUCAGGCCUACGCCAGUGUUAGUAAGGCUGGGUUGAUAUUGAAGGACCACCAUGACUUGGCCAAACAUCUCAACACAAUAGUAUUUCACACCAAGAUGGUAGACUAUCUCGAUGAAGUCCUCAAUGAAGCGUCAGAUCUUUCAAUAUACUGUUUUUACACUACAAUAUUUGAGCACCAGUUUAAGCAGUGUAUGGAGUUUCCAGCCCAGCAUAGAUACUGUAUCGUGUUCCCCAUGAUCUGUGGACACUUCAUGAAUGCUACUCAUCAUCUAUGUCCAGAGGAGAGACAUUCUAUUGGCACUACAAGUGUUCAGUAUGCCCACUGGUUCCUCAAGGACAUGGCAGAUGAAGUAAACCAGGUGAUUACAGCAAUCUGUGAGGAACAAUGUCUCCUUAAUUACAAGUUAUUACCAAAGCACAGUGUACAGAUAAGUCAGAAGAAGAAGCCUGGUAAAGAGAAGAAGAAGGACAAAGACAAAGAGAAAGAACCAGAAAAACCAGGCCAGGAAAGUGCCAGGAAAAAUAGGGAAAACUUCACAAGGAUGGACAAGCUUCAUAUGGCUCUCACAGAACUGUGUUAUGCCAUCAAUCACAGUGCAGUAAUCCAGGUCUGGGAGCACGGGUUCGUACCACGGGAAUUUUUCCAUCAGCAACUCGAGACACGAUUCAACAAAAUGUACACAUUCAAAGAUGUGUUUAAGGAUAAAGCCUUGGUAGGAAUGAUGAUGUAUAAUCCAGAGACCAAUGAGAUUGCGAAACCUUCAGAGCUUCUGUGUAGUGUGAAGGCAAUUAUGAGUGUUCUACAGUCUAUUGAAAAUUAUGUUCAUAUUGACAUUGCCCGAGUGUUCAACAAUGUGCUUCCACAACAGACCCAGCCGUUGGACAGUUUUAGUGGGGAGAAAACCAUCACUGCCAAUUAUACCAACUGGUACCUUGAGGUGUUUUUGCGUCGUGUGACCUGUAAUAUUGGUCAGAUUGUGUACUCGCCGAGUCAGAAGGCGUUCGUCAGUUUACAGCAAGAUGGACAACAGGUUCCUUUUGCUGCGGAGGAAUAUGCAGAUCUUACAGAAUUGAAAGCCCUUGCAGAAUUGAUAGGACCCUAUGGUAUGAAGUAUAUGGGAGAGAAACUGAUGUUUCAUGUGGCUAACCAAGUGGAUGAGUUAAAGAAACUUGUAGUUGCAAAUAAGGAGAUAUUAGCCCAGUUAAGGACCAGUUUUGAUAAACCAGAGAUCAUGAGGGAGCUCUUCAGGAAGUUAGUCAGCACAAAGACUAACACGACUGAUGUUGACAGUGUGUUGUUACGUAUGACAAUUGUUGGAGUGUUACUGUCAUUCAGAAGUCUUGCACAGGAAGCGCUUAAUGAUGUGCUGGAAGACAGAGUACCAUUCUUGGUUGCCUCCAUUAGGGAUAUACACCACUAUGUUCCAAAGUCAAAAGAUUCUAUGCAUUCAACUAUACGCAGCAAGAUGGUUAGUGAGCUAGCAUCAUCAGCAGGGGUGCCUUCCAGUAUAGACCCGGUACUCGUACAAGUUCUUCGACAACAGAAAAAUGAGCAUGCUGACAGUGAGUAUGACAUUGCAUGUCUGUUGAUGGUGUUUGUAGCAGUGUCUAUACCAAAACUGGCGAGAAUUGAACAAAAAUCCAUCUUCGUAGCGUCAGUAGAAGGUCAUUUAAACAACAGUCAUUGUUUGGCAAAGGCAAUUAACCAGUUAGCAGGUGCUCUGUUCUACCUGCAUGGACCUGGAGAUACAGAACAAAGGCUACAAGAAUUCCUCGCUUUGGCAUCCUCUAGUUUGUUACGACUAGGACAGGAGAGUGAGAAGGAAGCUGUGAAGAACAGAGAAUCUGUCUAUUUGCUUCUUGAUAAGAUUGUACAAGAAUCUCCCUUUUUGACAAUGGAUCUGCUGGAGUCGUGCUUCCCAUACGCUUUACUGAGAAAUGCCUACCACUCAGUGUACAAACAUGCCGCAGAAUCGUGAAAUAUGUGGGAUAUGUGUUCACAUUCUGAUCAAAUAAAUAGUGCAAUUUUUCAAUUUAUACUUUUAAUAACACCAAGUAACAUUAAGAACAUAUUUUAUACUGUAAAUGUUCAGUAGUGUUUAGUAACAGGUACUGUAACAAGUAUAACUUGCCAAAGACUGGAAGAGUUUUUGUAAUGUUCUUUUGUGUUAAAGAUAUUAUAAAUGGAGAACAUUUUCAAGUAGAUGGUAAUAUUCGAACAGUACCCGAGACAAUUCAUUUAAGUUAGGUUUCAUUGAUUACAAGUACAAAAUAUGUAUCCGAAAAUGGGGAGGGAGGGGCACAGCUGACACCUGCUCUUCUUAAUUUGUAAUGCAUUUAUGUCGCCCUAAAAUGAAGAUCUAAGCAAUAUUUGAUGGAUUAUCGACUUCCGUAAUAUACUUGCAUAAUAAGUAAUAACGGGCCAUCUGCAGCCAAAUAAUCAUGAUGAGAUAUUAACCAGUGUACGUUAUGGUAUGUCUACAUUACUGCUGAAAAAUUGUCUGGGGAAUAUAUUCCUGGACCUUUCUGGCUAACCAAAAAAUCCUGGGUCCAUCAUUUCGAGACUUAAAUCUGAAUCAUUCAUGGUACAAGACCAUAUACACAUGUGGGUUUUAAAUUUAUAACUACACAUGUGGAUAAUUAAAUUAUUGACAUGUGUAGUUAUUUAUUACCAAUAGUCAGUUUGGUUUUAGUUAAAACUGAUAUAAAAUCUAUAUUUAAAUUUAUUUUAUGUGUUCCGACUUCUUUAGGAAUCACAUGAUGGUAUAGAGUAACUGUUGUCUUUGAGCUUUAUUUAAUUAUUCCUUGAUCUAUGUGUUUUUCUGUUUGUGGAAGAACUUUUAUAUAACUCUUGCUGUCGUUAGAUAUAGGUUGAAUUAUACUUUGAAUCUCUUGCCCCUUAUCUCCAUUAGUUUGAGCCCAGCUUGAAUUGUCAUGUAAGGAAGCCAUCUCAUUGGCUUGUGGAAGCUAGUUUGCUGUGCCUGGGUGCCCACCUGAAACAAUGCCCGAAGGAACAUAUGUUGUCUUCCUCUGCCAUUAAAAGCUGAAAGUCACCAUAUGUGUCAAAACAAACCUACCAGUUUAAAUGUGUAUUAUGUAUACUAUUCGCAUAUAACUUCACAAUGUUGACAAAUAAAUAUUAAUUUUGAUAAGUAUUAUACUAAUGCAUGUACAUGUAUAUAUAAUUAAAUGACUAUGUGCAAAAUAGGUACAUAAAUAUACAAAAU